UUAAGAAUUUUUAUAUAUUUAAGUAAUUAAGUCGCAUGUUUCUAACUUUUAUUGUUUAAAAUUUAUUACAUACAUUGUGCGUUGAUAUAAGCCGGUGUAUGUAUUUUCACCCAACCAGCUUUUAUUUUUACAUAUUAUAAAGUGUAAUAAAAUAAUGGAGAAAGAUGAUGAAAAGUUCUUUUAUGAAGAUGAAGUGGCCAUGGUAUCUUCAAAAACGGGUCUAGUCAAGUAUGGUUUGGUUUUAACGACGAACAGAUCACGAUCAGAAACAGAGCUGAAAAAGAGCUCAUAUAAAAAUCAUAAUGAGAUCAAAGUGAUCUGGCAUCCAAAUGGGACUGAAGAAAUUAUCUCAGAUGAUAAAGUUGUGUUAAUGGAUCGAUCAUUAAUGCCUGGAGAUGUAGUACGUAAAGUUAGUGAAGGCAAACCAAGUCAAUUUGGAUAUUGUGAAAAUAUUGAUAUAUACGCCACAGUUAAAAUUCUUAAUACCAACAAAAUAAUAGAAAAUAUCAAUUCCCGAAACUUUACUCACACAAAAACUAAAGCUGGACUAAAAACUAUUGAUUUAUUCGAGUCAUGUUCUAUUCAAGUGGGAGACACACAUUGGUAUACAAUUAAAGAUUCCGAUAAUUUGAUGACGUUGAAACAGUGGCGAUCUAAAUGCACAGAAGCUUUUAAUAUUGGUCCAGGUUCAAUACAUAAUAAAAUUAAUAAAGAGAAGCACAACAACAAACUUUUAGUUACCAAAUACCAAUCAAAAAGUACACAUCCUGUUGAGUUGGAUUCUAUAAAUAGAGAUGAUUUAUUAAGCAAUAGUUGUGUACGUACAUUAAAAUCAAACAGACUAAAGAGGAACCGUAUGUGGAAAUCAUUAAUUAAAAAAAGUAAACAUUUCAAUAUACCCAAAAUAAAAACUAAACCAAAUUCCAAAGUUGUAGUUGAGAUUUGCUACACUAAGUCUGUGGUAGAUGUUAUAUGGCAGGAUGGUACUAGAGAAACGGGAGUUUCGUCCACUGAGCUCUACCCAGUACAAACUCUUGAUGAUCUUGAGUUUUUCCCUGGCGAUUUUGUUACAGAAAAAAAUCCUGCAUCUGAUGUUUAUGGUGUUGUAGAAUCUGUAGACCACGCAGAACGCACAGCUCAUAUACAGUGGUUUAAAGUUUAUCCUGAAAAUCCAUCUUUACCAAAUCCUAUUGAAAAGACUUAUUUUAGUGUAUAUGACUUGCGUGAUCAUCCUGAUUUCCAUUUUAAAUCUGGUUGUCUUAUUAUACAUAUUAAUCCUGAUACAAAUCCAGAUUUAAAUACUUUAACUGCUGGACAAGUAUUAAGUGCAGGUCCUGAUGGAAGGAUCUUAGUGAUGUGGGUUAAUGGUGAAAAAACCGAAUGUUGGCCUCAAGAAUUAUUUGUUGUCAAACUAAAUGAUGAUGGAUUCAGUUUUCAAGAUGAAGAAUAUGAGGAUGAUGAUGAUGCACCUCUUGCUGUUGAAGAUGACUUAUCGGAAGAUUGGAUGUCUGUUACCAGUCCUGGAUCAUCUAAUAGAAGUUAUGAUCCAAAAGAUGAAGAGCAGAAAUAUGCAAAACUAUUAAUCCAAUUACUCAAACAAUCUGCUACCAGUAUAAAUUUAUUUUUAGAUGCUGUUCAACAAAAUUGUGACUUAGAUAAAGUUCUUAAAUUAAAAAAAGCUUUGGAACAAUAUAGGUUAGGAUUUAACGUUAGUUCGUUUUUGCCAACUUCAGAAUAUAAAGAAAUAGAAUCAUGGUACAAGGAUCUCAUGGAUAAUAUCUCAAAAUUAAUAAACAAAAUAAUCUCAAGAAUAGAUAAUAAAGAGAAAGAAAAAGGAGAAAUAGUUGAAGAAGAAGAAUCAUCAUAUGAGACUUUAAUUAAAGACAGUGUAACUAAACUUAAACAGGUUGUGUCAGAUUUCAUAAAAAAAGUUAAUCUUAUUUUUAAUGAAUCAUAUCGUUCCAAGUAUGGAAUAAUAUCAAAAAAUUGUGAUACGAAAAACCAAAAUGAACACGAUGACACUGGUAUUGAAAUAAUGGACAUUACUGAGCCAAAAUCAGUACCUCCAGUAAUUGAACCUAAUCCUGGUGAAUGUCGUUUUAUUAAAUUGGAGACAGGACCAGUAUGUGAAGUCAUAACCAAACCAGAAGAAGCUGGAGUUUUUGAUGUGGUAGAAACGCUUAUGGAUAAUUCACACAAAUACAUCAAUGACAAAGAAAAUUUACAUUCAUCAUUACCAAAAGUUAUUGCCAAAGACAUCCAAGUACUUCAAAAAAGUUUACCAGCAGGAAUUUGGGUGAAAACUUUUGAAAAUCGUGUGGAUUUGUUUUCUAUAAUGAUUAGAGGACCAGAAAAAACUCCUUAUGCUGGUGGUUUAUUUCUAUUUGAUGUCAAAAUUCCACCCACAUAUCCAUUCCAACCUCCACUCUGUCAUUAUUAUAGUUAUUGUGAUGACCGGUUAAAUCCAAAUCUGUAUGAAGAUGGAAAAGUAUGCCUUAGUCUUUUGGGUACUUGGUMUGGUCAUGGAGUCGAAUUAUGGUGUCCUAAUGAUUCAAAUUUAUUACAGCUUCUAGUAUCAAUACAAGGACUGAUUUUGGUGAGUGAACCGUAUUAUAAUGAGGCUGGAUUUGAUUCUCAGCGAGGUCAAAAGCUUGCAAAAGAAAACUCUCGUGUUUACAACGAAAUGGCUUUGAUCAAAGUAGUGCAGUCAAUGACAAAUAUGUUAAAUAUGAAUAAUUCAGGCGUUAAAAAUACAGGGUAUUUUAAAGAAGAAAUACUGGAACAUGUAAAAAUUCAUGGUCCAAAGUUAAUCAAUACAAUUGAAAAUUGGAUUAAAAUGUCUGAAAAAGAAUUAACUGAAGAUGAAAAACUUGUUCCUGGAUAUCCAUUACUACCACUUUCCAAGGGUUUUUGCCUAUCAAUCAUCAAAGCACUAAAAGAUUACAAAGAAGUAUUGAUUUCCAUGAAUAUCAUGUUUGAAUAGUCAUUAGUAACUUUCAAUUGUUUUAUUCUGUUCAAAGAAAAACAUAUAUAAACAUUAAAUUUAUUGUUUCUAUAAACUAUUAAAUGUAUUUAUUCUUUAUCUUUAACUUCUCUAGCUUUCAAUAUAUUUAAUUUAUCUAAAGCUAUAUUAUCUGUUAUUCACCAACUACUCAUAUUUAGACGAGAAAACAAAUAUG